AUGGAUGAAGACAUCCUUAACUUGAUUGCUGGGGACGAAGAAGCGUCAGAACUUGACAUUGUCAGCGAAGUCGAGGAAGCUGGAAGAAUAAGUUCUGAAGCAAAGUCGAUGGCGAGGAAGCUUCGCCAAAAGAUUGACGGCAAUUGCGCUUCGGAAAAUAGAAUGAACAGUUCGUUAAGGUCUGACGGAGGAGCGUCGGUGACCAAUAGAACAGUUUGCGCAAAAUUGCCAAAGCUGCACGUUAAGCGGUUCAAUGGAAAUGUUUGCGAAUGGCAGGAGUUUUGGGAUUCCUUCGAAAGCGCCAUUCACGGAAAUGGAAGUUUGUCCGACGUUGACAAAUUCAAUUAUCUUCGGGGACUCUUAGGCGAACCAGCGAAGUCAUGUAUCGCGGGAUAUUCUUUGACUUCGGCGAACUACAACGCUGCAAUAGACGCGUUGAAGGAACGCUAUGGGAAGCCAGAAUCGGUCCAACGAGCGCACAUGCAAAAACUUUUGAACUUAGAUAGAGUGAAAGAUCCGAGAGAUAUUACGUCUCUUCGUCACUUGUGUGAUAGUGUCGAAGCACAUCAUCGAGGUUUGGAUGCAUUGGGAGUGGACAGCGCUACGUAUUCAUCAAUCGUGGUACCUUACGUUUUGAACUUGAUACCGGAAUCGAUUCGAUUGUUGAUCACGAGAGGCGAAAACUUCCAUCAGUGGGAUAUGGACGAUAUGUUAAGAGCGUUAAAGUGCGAAGUUGAGCUGCGAGAAGAGCAUCGAGUUCAGAGAGAGCAACGAGAACGGCAUGGUGAUCCUGAGAAGUCGUCAAAUGGAGCCAGGCGGAACGAUACGAAAACAGCAAGCGCCCUCCUGACAAAAUCGGGACCGGUUCGUUGCGCAUUCUGCCUGGGAUGUCAUCGGCAUGAAGAAUGUGAGAAGAUCAAGUCAAUUGAGGAACGUAAGAAUAUUAUUAAGAAAUACGGUCGUUGUUAUAUUUGUUUGGAAAAGGGCCACAUGGCUCGUGACUGUGACAACAAUAUUAAAUGUAGUAUAUGUAAGAAGAAUCACCACAAGGCUCUGUGUGAUUCGGGAAAGGAAAGUAAGCCCCAGGGAACUGUUGGACAAGGGAGUCCUAAGAAUAGUUGUGAAAAAGCAGGAUGCAAUGUUGCUUUGCAAACUGCACAAGCAAAACUGGUUGGUAGUAAGUCGGGACGAGUAAGGGUUUUGUUGGAUUCUGGGAGUCAGAGAUCAUUUGUUACUGAAAGGACGGCUAAAGCGUUGGGAUGUAAAGUCGUUCGUGAAGAAAAUCUGAGAAUAGGAACGUUUGGGAAAAGGGCUUUAGAGAACGAGUUGAGAAGGGUUGUGCGAUUGGAUUUGAGUUCGUUGUCGGGUGGUGAAGUCGUAUCUAUCGAGGCAUAUGUUGUACCAGAAAUAUCAGUAAUUAGUAAUCAACAUUUGGAGGUGGUUCGAAAUAACUUUGAACAUUUGAAGGGGUUGUGGUUGUCUGAUGUUUGUAAGGUAAAUGAGGAAUUGGAGGUAAACGUACUCGUGGGUGCGGAUUACUUGUGGUCGUUGCAGAAAGGUCGUAUUAUGCGAGGGAAGCAGGGGGAGCCUGUGGCUAUCGAGACGGUGCUUGGAUGGGUAGUUUCAGGGCCGGUUGGAAGCACGGAUAAGAAUCAACCCGCCACUGCUCAGGUAAAUUUUUGCUCCGCUAAUAAAACUUGUAUCAACGUAGAAAACUUUUGGGAUUUAGAAAGCCUAGGAAUUAAGGACAAAGAGGGUCACGAUCCUUUACCUACUAACUAUGACUUAAGUCUUAAGAGAAUGAAGGGACAAAUCAGACGACUAGGUAAGAACCCAGAAUUACUGAAGGAAUAUGACACUAUCAUUAAGGCCCAAGAAGAGUUAGGCAUCAUAGAGAGGGUAGGAAAAGAUAGUGUGAUUAAUUCUCAUGCCAAAAUACAUUACAUGCCUCAUCAAGCUGUCGUGCGAAAGGAUGCCAAGACAACAAAGUGCGAUAGGGAAUUUUCAGAAAAAAAAAGCUUUUACGUGGACGAUCUUGCCAGCGGUGAAUCUAGUACAGAGCGAGCGUAUCAGCUAUAUCGUAAGGCCAACGAACGCAUGAAUGAAGGCGGAUUUAAGUUACGCAAAUGGCGGACUAAUGAUAGUGCGUUAAGAUCGCAAAUUGAAGAAGAUGUGCGUGACGUGGAAAGUAGUUGCGUUGAUGAGCAAACGUAUGCGAAAACCACGCUUGCUCAAGUACAGGGUCAAUUUGGUAAAGUAUUAGGGUUGGAAUGGGAUAGCGUCGGGGACGUAAUAAUAUUCGAUUUCGAAAAUUUGAGUGCGAAAGCGGAAAACACGGAACCGACGAAGAGAAAUGUGUUGAGUCUGUUAGCUUGUAUCUUCGAUCCAUUAGGGCUCUUGAGUCCUACGAUUGUUAAAGCUAAAAUUCUCUUUCAAGAUAUUUGUUACAGUGGCGUGGAUUGGGACGAUACAUUGCCUAAAAGUGUGAAAGAGAAGUGGGAGAAGUGGUUGAGAGAUCUAAAGGAGGUAAAGAGUGUUUCAAUAGGCAGGUACUCGAGCGGCGUGACUGACACAUCUGGCUCAGAAUCAAAGCAGAGAUAUUUUUUGCAUGGAUUUGGGGAUGCGUCAAAGCGAGCUUAUUGUGCGGUUGUGUAUCUAGUAGUUUUGAACGGUAACGAUGUUCGUGUUAAGUUGAUUGCCAGCAAAACAAGAGUAGCCCCGAUGAAAGAACUUAGUAUUCCGCGGUUAGAAUUAAUGGCAGCUAGAAUAUUGGCUCAUUUAAUGUCUGCAGUCAGGAAAGCGUUAGAGUCAGAGUAUAAUUUUGAGGGCGUUAAGUAUUGGACUGAUAGUAUGACUGUUUUGUAUUGGAUAGUCAACUCAGGCAAUUGGAAGCAAUUUGUUCAGCAUAGAGUUGACGAAAUAUUAAGGCUUAGUUCAAAAACAGAGUGGAGUCAUUGUCCAGGUAAGGAAAACCCUGCAGAUUUAGGGUCGCGAGGGGUCUUGAUGACUGAGUUAAAGAACGCGGAGGUUUGGUGGUCAGGACCGUCUUGGUUGCGGGGUAGUCCAAGGCAUUAUCCUAUGGUGAAGGAGAUAGUUCCCACAGUAGACAGCAAGGUUGAAGAGAAAAGGUCAUUUGUUGUUAACCUAAUCAUAAGCGCAAGGUCAUUGUUUGGAAUUGGCAAUGUCAUUAGCAUAAGUAAAUACAGCACACUUACACGGCUGUUAAGAGUUACUGCGUGGGUGAAGAGAUUCGUCUAUAAUUUGAAACAAAAAAAACUAGGAUUAGAAAUUUUUACCGGACCAAUAAAAGCGAGCGAAAUGAAUGAUGGAGAAUGCGAGUGGAUAAAGUCAGCCCAGCUAGAGUUACGAGAGCAACCCGAGUUUAAGCAGUUAGAAAGACAGUACGGACUGAUAGAAAUGAACGGGAUACUGCAUUGUACGGGAAGAUUGGGUGAAUCAGAUUUGGAGGCAGAAGCUAGAGAGCCGAUUGUUUUGCCUAGGAGACAGUAUUUCACAGAGCUAGUGAUUAGGCAGUGUCAUGAAUCUGUUAUGCAUGGGGGAGUUCGGAGCACGUUGGCGCAACUGAGGUCGAAGUAUUGGGUACCCAAGGGCAGACAGGAAGUUAAGAGAGUGAGCGGUGGAUGUGUAGCUUGUAAACGAUGGAACAGUAAGCCGUGUACACAAAUAAAGCAAGCAGCGUUACCAGAGUUUAGGGUUAGGAGAGCCGCACCAUUUGAAAAUUCAGGCGUAGAUUUUGCAGGACCUUUGUACGUAAAACAAAGGCAAGGUAAGGGGGAGUGGAAGACAGGUGUGAUUCAGGAAUUGAUUUGUGGCAAGGAUAAGGUCGUUCGUGGUGCAAGGGUUUGCGUGAUGACAAACGGUCGUCGCCAGGUGUUGAAUAGAGCGAUUCAGCAUUUAUAUCCAGUUGAGGUUAAAGACGAGAGUAAGGUUGAAGGGGUUGUUAAGGAGGAUAUAGUUAGCGGAUGUAAGGAGAAGACUAAGAGAAAGGCGGCUUUGGACGCCAGGUGGAAGUCGGAGAGAUUGUGUAGAUUGUUCAUUGCUAAUAAACUCCAUAAAACAAACCGAAUCAGAGUGCAGAUCAAUUUUCUGGACGAACUCAGUGAAUUCUGCGACAAGUGGAUUGGAAAAUUAUCAAAAGCGAUAGCUCCAUUUAGAAAUAUGCGACUUCUCGAAGGCAACAGAACAUCCACUGGUUGA